AUGCAUGCCGUGUCAACUCGUCGAAAGUUUAUUCUGCAGCUUCUGUCAGCCAAGGAAGGUGGGCUGUCUGAACGACGAUCGUGGGCAAGUCCAAAAUCAAACCCUGGACGACGAGAAGAGGAGUUCAGAGACGCCGAUUGGUUAUCUCUCGUUUCCGCCUUUGAGAAAGAGAAUUACAAGAUGCGUGCCUCCCCGGAGGCCUGCGGCUUUGCGCUUAGUGACAAGGAAUUGCUCGAGAAGAAUGGCCUAUUAUCUGGAAGCCUAGGUCUUCUGGAGCUCGUUGUCGAUCUAGUGAGCGUGCUACAUGACAUGGAGACAAGCUGGGUGCGUUUUCACGGAGUUAGCUGGACGACCAAGGUACAUGAUCCUGCCAUUCCUAACGGUACCGUCCAUGAGAGCGUCUUGAAGAACGAGGCCGAUUGGCUCCCCAAAUCCGGCUACGUAUCUACAUCGGAAGUUCCCACCGAGGUGCUCGAACGGAGACUAUCUGGGCAUGAGUUCUGUCACCUAGUAGUAUUGGAAGACUCACAGGAACACCAUCCCUGA